AUGCUCGCAGCCAAGCUCGUACUUGUGGCGGCAAUCGCCGGCGCCCAGGCAGCGGUCUGCCCGUACAAGGACUACCCAUCGGGCUGGUUGCUCGUCGCCGACGGCAACUGCUCGGCCUCCAUCACGCUCUGUGCGACCAACAACAAGUGCGACCGCAAGGUGACCACCGACUACGGGACCAACAGGACGUUUGCGGGCUGGACUGGUGUCGGCAACCUAGGCGACUACACGGCCGACGAGCUGACCAUGAAGAACUCGGCGUCACUCACGAUUGCGCGCAUGAGCUUGCCCAACACGGUGACCUCCUUGACCUUUGACAAUGUGACCAAGAUCGACCUCGACGACACGGCGCAGACGCAGUGGAGCUCGGUCAAGACCUUGGAAAUUCUCAACAGCCCCGUCAACUUUCCCAAUGUCGGCGUCAAAUGGCCGACCAACCUCGACCUCAUUGUGCUCAUGAACAACAAGAUGAACAACAUUCCGCAGUUCCUUCCGACGACGCUUACGCAACUGGCGAUUCAGAGCAACUACCUCACAGACCUCGUCUAUUUGCCCAAAAAUCUUGCGUUUUUGAACAUUGCCGCCAACAAUUUCAAGACCCUUAGCAACGUCGACUUGCGCUCGCUCGAAUACCUGUACAUUCCCAACAAUGAUUAUCUGACGACAUUUGCCAGCGUGCAGCUGUCUUCCAAGCUUGCCUUCGUCAACAUGAUCAACUGCUCGAGCCUCACCAACAUUACGCUGGAUGCGUCAUCGUUCACCGCCCUCAACAAGCUGCAGCCGUGGAAUGGAGACGAAGAGACCGACACGCCGACGGGGUACACCAUCAACCACGCGGUGGCGACCGACGCCGCUGCGUGUACGGCCGCUGGUUGGUCUAUCAAGAAGCUCUGGGAAAGCACGUCCAAGGUCUCUGUCACGGCGUGCGUCAUGGCGGGGUCGGGCAAUGCGACGACGACCGAGCCCCCGACGCCCGGCGGCAGCAACACGGGCCUCAUCGUCGGUGUUGCUGUCGGCGUCAUCGUCGUCGUCGGUCUGAUCGCCUUUUUCAUCAUCCGCCGCAAGCGUCAGCACCAGCCAGCGCCGCCCACCGAUGACUUUCCGUACCGAGCGCCUAACGACGGCAAGGAGACGAACGGCACGGGCGGCUACACCAACGGAACCGGCUACACCAACGGUACCGGCUACACCAACGGCACCGGUGGCCUCACGAUGGGUACUGGCGGCCUCACGAUCGGUACCAACGGCACCGGCGGUCCUUCCAACGGCACGAGUGGCACGCGCGGGUCCCUUGCUUACCCCGACGCCGACAUCAUCCUCGACGUCAAGCCACUACUGCACCACCGUCUCGAGCUCUCGGAUCUCUACGUCACCUCCAACAAACCCUUGGCGUCCGGUGCGUUUGGCGAAGUCUGGCUCGGCUCGUACGGCGGCAAGCAGGUCGCCAUCAAGCGCAUGAAAAACCAGGAGGCGCGCAGUGUUCAAAAGUUCAUUGACGAGAUCGUCCUCAUGUCGCAGAUGAGCAGCGACUACAUUGUCAAGUUUGUCGGCGCCAGCUGGACCCGUCCGAUCGAGAUCGAGUGCGUCGUCGAGUUUAUGGACCUCGGCGACCUCCGUAGCUACCUCGUCAACCAGUCGCCGGCGCAGUUUACCUGGGACCAAAAGUACCAGUGCAUCCUCAGCAUCAUCCGGGGCCUCGUCUACCUCCACACGUACAAGCCACCGAUAAUCCACCGCGACCUCAAGUCCCGCAACGUCCUCCUCGACUCGGUCAAGGGUACCAAGCUCACGGAUUUCGGUGCCUCCCGGGUCGCGGAAGAAGACGAUCUCAUGACCAACGGCAUUGGCACGUACCAGUGGAUGGCGCCGGAAGUGAUUUCGGGCACCAGCUACGGCGCGCCGGCCGACGUGUACUCGUUUGGGAUCAUCUUGUCCGAGUUUGCGACGCACCAAGUGCCGUACGCGGACCUGCGCCACCCGGACUCGGGCAAGGCGCUGCCGCAGCACUACGUUCUGAAUCACGUCCGCGAAGGCAAAUUGCACCCGACGUUUGACGGCCACGGCGUGCCGGCGUGGGUCAAGGAGAUCGGUCUGCAGUGCCUCUCGCUCUACGAAGAGGACCGUCCGACGGCGCUGCAGUUGUCGGCGAUGCUGAGCCGCUGCAAGCCGUGA